AUCUUCCAUCGCCUUCUCUCUCUAUCUCUUCCAAUCCCCUGCUGCGACUUUCUCUCUCUAGAGCCGUCGUAAUCCCUUCACCUCUGGCCGUUUGCUCCGCCACAGUUGAAGGUCUCCGAGAAGUAGUAGGGAGCUGUAAGUCCAGUGAGCCUCAUCCGGCUUCGAUCGGGUUUUAUUUAUAGUAAAGUCUAGCCUUGUCGAUCGAGAUUCUGUCGAGGGAGAUUUUUCUUGGAUAUGUGGAUGCGCAAGAUAUAGAAUAUUCAUAUUCUUUCCUAGGUUCUGUGCUCUCUUUUUGUUAAUCAAGAGAAGAAGACUAAAAACACAUAAAAAUGUUGGAAGGCCCGAAGUUCACCGGGAUCAUAGACUUGAACACCAACCACGACAACUAUGACUUCUCCCAGAACUUCUACCGCAAGCUCAACGAGGGCUCGAACAUGUCAGUCGACAGUUACGGUAGCCUGCAGAUGAGCAACGGUGGAGGAUCUGUUGCCAUGUCCAUGGACAAUAGUAGCGAAGGGUCCAAUGGCUCGAACACCCGCAUUCUGGGGCACCAGGGCCUGAAACGGGUCAGGGAUUAUUCAGUGGCUGCCAGUAACAAUGGGAGAGCCUCCCAGCUGAGUAAUGAUGCUCUUGCUCGUGCUCUGAUGGACCCGAGCUACCCCACAGGGGACCUUGGAAACUAUGACGAGUGGACAAUCGACUUGCGGAAGCUCAACAUGGGGCCCGCUUUUGCUCAGGGGGCUUUCGGGAAACUGUACAGAGGCACUUACAACGGUGAGGAUGUUGCGAUCAAGCUUCUGGAGAAGCCCGAGAAUGAUGUCGAGCGGGCGCAGCUGAUGGAGCAGCAGUUUCAGCAGGAGGUGAUGAUGCUGGCUAAUCUGAGGCAUCCGAACAUAGUUCGGUUUAUUGGUGCGUGCCGUAAACCGAUGGUUUGGUGCAUUGUUACUGAGUAUGCUAAGGGAGGUUCGGUUCGACAGUUCCUGACGAAAAGGCAGAAUCGGUCUGUGCCACUGAAGCUGGCGGUGAAGCAGGCCUUGGAUGUUGCCCGGGGGAUGGAAUACGUGCACGGUUUGAAUUUGAUUCAUAGGGAUCUGAAGUCGGACAAUCUCUUGAUAGCUGCUGAUAAGUCGAUCAAGAUUGCGGAUUUUGGGGUGGCUCGUAUUGAGGUGCAGACUGAGGGUAUGACGCCGGAGACGGGCACUUACCGGUGGAUGGCCCCGGAGAUGAUCCAGCACAGGCCCUACACCCAGAAAGUAGACGUGUACAGCUUCGGAAUUGUGCUUUGGGAGCUCAUCACAGGCAUGCUCCCGUUUCAGAACAUGACAGCCGUGCAGGCUGCAUUUGCGGUGGUCAACAAGGGGGUUCGCCCCACCAUCCCAAACGACUGCCUCCUUGCCCUGAGCCAGAUCAUGACCCGCUGCUGGGAUGCCAAUCCAGAUGUCAGGCCCUCAUUCAGCGAGGUUGUUCGGAUGCUCGAGACUGCCGAGACCGAGAUCUUGACAACUGUCAGGAAGGCCCGUUUCAGGUGCUGCGUCAGCCAGCCGAUGACCGCGGAUUGAGAAACAAGAAGGGACUAUUUUAUUAGACAUUUUAUUAUAAAAAAAAAGAAAAGGUAACUUGUUUUGUGUCAGCUUUCGUGUAUGUAUCAGGGUUUUUAAAUUUCGGUUCUUUUAAGAUAGAAAAGAAGAGACAAGAAAGACGAGACACAAGGUUAAUGGUUGACAGCCGCUUGUUUUUGUUGUUGUGUACUGGUUAUUUAGGAUGGUGUAUCAGUUGUUGUAGUACGAGGAUAUUUGAAUGUUUUGUGUGUUUAUAAGUUAAAAAGUAACACCUCUUUUUAAGUGACAGCUGGCUGUGCUGGUUAUGUAAUCUGGUUAUUGUACUUGUGAAAGUUCACCAUUAGUUACUGACCUAUGGUAUGUAUGAUGCAUGAACUGUUCCGUCUGUUUUGAUGUUAUUUUGUUGUUCUUCG